AUAGGCCUCAAAUUGUGAUGGCAAAGGAAGCUUGUAAACUCACAGGUCACACCAAACUAUGGCCUUGAGUUUAACUGCUGCUUCUCUUUACCCAAACCCUUCUUCUUCUUCUUCUUCUUCUUCUUCUUCUUCUUCUUCUUCUUCUUCUUCUUCGUCUCCAUUUCUUAACCCAAAGCACAAACCCCCUCUCAAGUCGCACCCUCAUACAUCUUUCAGAACACCUGCUGCUCGGUCUGAAGGAGCUGAGAGCUGGAUUAAGGAGGAAGAUCCUUCUUCUUCAUCAUCUGGAUCUUCAUCAUCUGCUCAAACACGGCUGGAUCUUUUGGAGCAACUUACUUCAACUAGCUCAUCAGUUGACGGUGGUUAUGAGAGUGAUGCUAACUCCCGGAAACUUGCAAUCCGUGAGCAACUAGCACAGUUGGUUGGGGAUAGAGACGAUGAUUUCACAAUUCCACUGGGUAAAAAGUUAAAAAAUUUCAGUCCCAAGGUUUUAACUGUCUCACAGAAGCGGAAUAUCAAGAGACAAGCUUACUUGAAUGAAGUGUCUCAGAGGAAUGAUUCAACUUUCUUUGCCACCAUUGGAGCAUUUGUACUUGUUCCACCUCUUGUAAUAUUAGGAAUUGCUAUAGCAACAGGUUAUGUACAGCUAAGUUUCCUUAAUUAAUGUGGAGAUGCAGUUGUUCAUAAGUUCAUAUAUUUCCUCUCUUUCCCGUCUAUACUUAUACUAAUUUAGUCUACCAGUUGCAAUGGCUAAGUAUCAUUCAUGCAUCUUUUUUAGAGCUCAGGAUGUUCUCUCUUACAGCAUUGCACCUUAAAAUAGUACUUUAAGUAACUGUCUGAUCCUGUUAAGUUUUGUGAACUUAA